AUGAUCUCCGAUAGCGUCUACGAGUUCUGUCACGACGACAAGACUGUCACCUCCGAGCUCCUGCGCGACCCGUCGCAAUCAGGCCCGAAGGUGUUUGAGAAACUGUACCACGAACGCAAAUCGAAAGCACAUAGCCACGACUCGAAGGAGUCGAUCGAUGGUGCCGAGAAUGAACUGAAGAAGGUGGUGGAGUGUGGAAAUUGGGGCAACUCUGAACCUAGCGAACUGUUCCUGAAGAUAUACCACGAUGCCCUGUGCGCGCUGGACAAGAACCCGAUGGCUGGUGUGGUAUCGCCUCCGUUGAUGGGCAGUCAUGGCGUGGUGCCGUUGACGAUCAUUGCGCCUCUGCCCGAUCUGUGCCGGCACAUGGCCAACUGCAUCGUGCGGGCAGAGAAAGAGGUGUUUCUGGCCACCAAUUUCUGGAUUCACUCGGAUGCCUCCACCCUGGUGACGAAUGCUUUCCGCGAGCUGUCUCGCCGGGCAGGCGAGCGUGGCACCAAGGUAAUUGUCAAGAUGGUGUAUGAUCGUGGGGAUCCGCAGCAGCUGUUCGAGAAUCACCUGCCGGUGCCCGAGAAGAAGUACACUAGCGAGAAGGUGCAGCUGCCAUCGUCCGAAGAAAUCCCCAACAUCGAUCUGCAGGUGGUCAAUUACCACCGGCCGAUCUUUGGGACCUUUCAUGCCAAGUUCAUGGUGAUCGAUCGGCGGAUCGGGCUGCUGCAGAGCAGCAACGUGCAGGACAACGACAACCUGGAGAUGAUGAUCCAAGUGGAGGGGCCCAUCGUCGACGGGCUUUACGACACCGCCUUGAUCUCGUGGGGUCGCCCUCUCGAGCCUCCGCUGCCCAUGCUCGCCUCCCCAGCCACCGGCGCCCCCAUUCCUUGUCACUCCAACCAGCAGCCCGACUAUGAUGCCCCGGAUCCGGGACCUCUCCCGGAACUCACCGUGGACGAGCACCACUAUGACCCGGAUAUCCGACGUGAAGCCCAGCGGAUGAACGGGCUGCUUCUGCCCCGAGACGGCGAAACCAUGACCCAAGCCGUGACCCGUCGUCUCAAUACCACUAUUCAAACUGACAUGACUGCUGACGCCCCGGAGAGCGACCAAGACCCUAUCAUGGAACCCUAUGUUGUCCUCCCGCCACAUGAUCCUUUCCCAAUGGCCGUCGUGAAUCGCGAACCCUGGGGUGCCCCCAAUCACAGCAGCAUCCACACCCCUCAGAACAGCUGCUUCCUGGCCGCCAUCAAGAAUGCUCAGGAAUCGAUCUUCAUCCAGACCCCCAAUAUGAACGCCGAGCCCAUCGUCGAGGCCCUCAUCGAAGCCAUCAAGACCCGCGACGUCAUUGUCACAUGCUACCUGUGUCUGGGCUACAACGACGCCGGCGAAUUACUUCCGUUCCAGAAUGGCACGAACGAGAUGGUCGCCCAUCGGAUGUACAAGGCCUUGGAUACCGAUGAGCAGCGCUUCCGUCUUCGGAUCUUUAAUUAUGUGGCCAAGGAUCAGACAAAACCGAUUCAUAAUAAAUUCAAGCGGCGGAGUUGUCAUGUCAAACUGAUGAUUAUCGAUGAGAAGGUUGCAAUUCAAGGAAACGGCAACCUGGACACACAAUCCUUCUACCACAGCCAAGAAGUCAACCUCCUGCUCGACUCCCCUCUUGUCGCCCGUGCCUGGCGCCAGGCCAUCGACCGGAACCAGAACACGGCAUUUUAUGGCGGUGUCAGCCCCGAAGACGGCUGCUGGCAUGAUCCCAAUACCAAUGAUAUCCCCGUGGGAUCAAUCGGAAUGAACCCGGGCCACUUUAGUUGGGCCAGGGGAGCCGUUGGUGCGGUGCAGAGGGUAAGAGGGGCGGGUGGAUUCUAG